AAAACAUAACUUUGUUUCUUUUUCGAGUUCCGACUCCAUAUUGAGCAUAGGUCGUUAUGUCAAUUUUCUUCCUUUCAUGUCAGCCAAUUCUCUAAGGAAAUUACUCAGCAAGUUUGAGUCCCUCUUCACCAUACCAUUUGACUUGUCUACUUCUGCCAUUGCUGACCACCCAUUCCUCCAUUUUACCCAUCUUUUAAGCUCAUGUCAUUCCCUCCCAGCCCUCAAACAGUUGCACACUCUGGUCUUGACAACUGGUUACCACAAAAACCUCCUAAUAUGCACAAAGAUUGUAUCUUUAGCUUGUUUUUUAUCGCCCACAAUGGACUAUGCACGAAAACUGUUCGACCAAAUGCCUCAAAGAGAUGUCUUUGCUUGGAACACCUUGAUUCGGGGAUAUUCCAAUCUGGGUCCUUGUCAAGAAUCCAUCUUUCUUUAUAAAGAGUUGCAUUUACAGGGAGUUUUGCCUGAUAACUAUACAUUCCCUUUUGUACUUCGUUCUUGCUCUGUGUUGUCAGCUUUGAAGGAAGGUAGGGAAAUACAUUGUAACAUAAUUAAACAUGGGUUUGAAUCUGAUGUGUUUGUGCAGAGUUCUUUGAUUAGUCUGUAUGCGCAGAGCGGGGAGACGUUGGAUUCGGAGUUGGUGUUUGAUCAAAUGAGAGUGAGGAAUAUAGUUUCUUGGACUGCGAUGAUUGCAGGGUAUGUGCAAAAUGGAAUUCAUGAGAAGGGAUUAGGAGUUUUUCUCAAAAUGGUUGAUUCGGGUACUCUACCGAAUGCUAUUACUUUGGUGAGUGUGCUUCCUGCUUGUGCACGGUUGGAUUGUUUGGAUUUGGGAAUGUUGAUUCAUGGAUAUAGUAUUAAGUUAGGGGUGGAAACAGAUGUUUCACUAGUUAAUGCUUUGGUUGCAUUCUAUGGGAAGUGUGGACUAGUUGAUGUCGCUUGGUCUUUGUUUGAUCAAAUGAAGGAGCAUAGUGUGGUUUCAUGGAAUGCAAUAAUUGCUGCUUAUGAGCAAAAUGAUGUUUCCUCCACAAUAAAGCUAUUUCAUAGAAUGCUAGAUCAAGGGGUAGAGUUCGAUUAUAUUACAGUAGUUACUGUUAUUUCAGCUUGUGCCAGGUUGGGGGCUCUAGGUACUGGAAAAUGGAUUCAUGAGCUUGUCAAAAGCAGAGGUUUAGAAUGGAAUGUUCCAAUCACAAAUGCACUAAUCGAUAUGUAUGCAAAAUGUGGGAGUAUAGAAUCGGCAAGAGAUGUUUUUGACAGGUUACCUAUUAGAAGUGUGGUUUCCUGGUCAUCAAUUAUAGGGGCUUGUGCUUCACAUGGUCAUGGGAGAGAUGCUCUUGAGUUGUUUUCAAGGAUGAAAGAAGAAGGAGUCCCACCUAAUAGCUUCACCUUCACUGCUGUAUUGACAGCUUGUCGACAUUCAGGUCUUGUCGAGGAAGGGAGGAAGCACUUUGAGAGCAUGAGAAUGGAAUACUCGAUAGUGCCAGGGGUGGAGCAAUGUGCUUGUAUGGUGGAUCUUCUAGGACGAUCAGGACAACUUCUUGAGGCUUAUGAAUUUAUAGAGAACAUGCCUAUUGAGCCUGAUGCGGAUGUUUGGGGAGCUUUGCUUGGUGCUUGCAGAAUUCACGGCAAUCUUGAGAUGGCAGAAUAUGUAGCAGAUCGACUAUUUGAUUUCAAUCCCCAGGCAGUACCUUUCUACAUACUCAUGAAAAAUAUCUAUGCUGAAGCCGGAAGGUGGGACGAUGUAGCUAGGUUGAAAUUUUUGUUGGAAGAAUUGGAAGUGGAAAAGAUUCCUGGUAAAAGUUCAGUUGAGAUAAAUCGACGGAUUCACACAUUUUUGUCUGGGUCAAGGAUUUCAAACUUCUCAAGAGUUCCACCCCGCGAAUAUGUUCAACUGAAGUAACAGCAAGCAGCUUUUUGUCUCCUAUUGUUAUUUAAGCAUUAGAGUACUAUAUUAUCUGUCACAGUCAAUUGAAGAGUACUUUUGCAGCUUGGUCAUCCUGGACUUUUGAGCCAGAGACACCUAUGUCCAAACAAUUAGAAGAAAUUCAAUAUAUUCCCUUUUGAGAGCAAGUCAUCCUUUCCGCACACAACAUAAUUUGUACUGCGCUCUCCAACUGUGCUUCUGAAGGUUGGGAAAAUUUGAUGGUUAUCUAAGGAAUAUUAACUUGGGUGGGGAGAAUGUAGAUGAUUGUAAGAUUCAUCAUCUCGAUCUUCCAACUGGCUUCUGUUCACCAGAGUUUGAAUCUCUGAUAGUAAAGUUUCGCCCAAAUUACUGGUUGUAUUAACUAGGUUGCUGUUUCGACGAAGAAACAGGAUGCUCAAUCUCAGCUUGAGACAAAAACAGAAGAGUGGUGAUGCAGCAAAACGUCUUGAAGAUGCAAUCGACAGAAUUAAGACUCAAAAGAUACGAAUGCACUUCUGAAUGUGAAAGAACAUCUCUUUUCUUUUCUCGGAAACUGGUAAGGUCGUAUUCCUCAGAACAGGGCGGGAUUGAUUGUUCUACCUUAAAAACAUGGUUUACCUUCCAGGUAUUAGUGCUGGAGACCAUCAAAAAACAAGAGUUUUAACAGGAAAGAAAAUACUAACAGAGAUCCUAACAAAUCUACAAGUUCUGUCUCCUCUAAAAAGGGUGACUAUUGGUCUCUUCAUCAUUCCCACAUAGUUGACAUUAGGAAACAAUGUGCGGACCUUUGUUAGGGAGCGUUUUACCCUCAAUAUGAGACUUCCUUGCGUGAAUUCGGAUUUAAUCGGGCUCCAAUGUGUGCACUAGACACCGAGUGUUAAAGCAUGCAUUUCUGGCCACCAACCAAUAUGUUUCUAUCUCAAAGACCACCAACCAAUAUGUUUCUAUCUCAAAGACUACCAUCCAUGAUAUGUUUCUAUCUCAAAGAAUCUGGAUCUGAGCUAGUGCAUUUAGGAGUCGUUUGAUACAAAGAUUAAUAACGCAGGGAUUAGUAACACAGAAAUUAGUAAUGCAGAGUAUAUUUUAUCCAGUGUUUGGUUCAUUAUUUCCAAUUUCAUCUUGUGUUUGAAUUAAAACUCCAUUAAAAAAAUUUCUUUACAAUUAUACCUU